AUGGCAAGGACUAAAAGACAGAAGAUUACUGGAAAUACACUUGUUGAUCAACACGAGGAUAUAGCUGAAAAUCAGAUUCACAUUGAGGAGCCUAACUCUACAGAUGAAGAAAAUGCAGAUGAAAAUUCACAAAGAAAAACUAGAGGGCCAACAUAUAUGACAGAAAUAUGGGGUAAACCUAGUAGUUGUCAUCGGUACAAAGUUAGAUUUGAUAAGGAUGGUGAGCCUGUUGGCAAGAACAAGUCCAAAUUUACUGAGUUCUUAGGAACAAUAGCAAGAAAUGGAAAGUAUGCUCCUCUAGACGUGACAGAUUGGCGUGAAAUGACAAAUGAUAAGAAGCAAGACAUGCUUGUAUUGGUGAAGGAAAAAUUUCGUCUUUCUCCAGGUGCAGAUUUUUGGACUUUGAAAUCAAUCGGCAAAAAAUGGAGAAAUUGGAAAUCAGCUUUAAAGGCAAAAUAUUACAAUCCAAAUGAAUCCAUUGAGAGUCAAAUUAACAAUAGGGAUCAGCGGAUCUUGAAAGAUCAGUGGAGAAAUCUUCUGGCUUACUGGAGCUUAGAGGAAACAAAGAAUACCAGCGAGAAGAAUAAGAUGAGUCGGGCUAAGAAAACAAUGAAUCAUAAGACAGGGAAGAAAUCGUAUGCUCAAAUUCGAAAGAAAUUGAUGAAAAAAUUAGGUCAUCUCCCAUCACGAGUUGAUAUGUUCGAACACUGUUAUACUGACUCAAACGGAAACCCGGGAAAUGAUGACGUUGCAGCUACAUUACAAGCUUUGAAGGAAAAAGUUAGCCAACUUCCCCCUGGUUCUAAUGAUGAUGUUGGUCGUAAUGAUGCAUUUGCCCAAGUAUUUGGGGAAGAUAACAAUGGGCGUGUGUGCAUGUAUGGUCUAGGUGUGACACCAUCAGACAAAUGGGGUAAUGUACCUAGUCGCAGCACUUGUCAGCGUAUCGUUAUGGAGCAAAAGGCAGCAAUUUCUAAGAUGGAAGAUAAAUUUGCUGAGCAAGAUCAGCAGCUGAAAGACCAAGCCAAAGAACUUGCAGAGCUCAAAGCAAUGGUGUGUCAGCAGCAAAAUAGUGGCUCAAAAACUGGUGGCUCGAUAAAUUCAACGUCCUCUAAUCAUGUUUCAAAAUCUCCUAUGGGUGCUCGUUCUCUUCAGGAAGGUGAUUGGGUGGAUAUUUUCAGCUUGUUUGAUCCAACAAAAUGUCUAGCUAUUGGUCGCCUCCAAGGAAUUGAUCCUUCUAAAGUUGUUGGUGGACAACCAUUAGGACCAUGUUGGUGUGAAAUACUAGUACAAAUCGUGAUGGAACGCAAUGAACAAUUGAUUAGGCCUUAUGGGCUAUUGCAAACAAUUGAAGAUGCACUUGGUGCACCGAUUGCUUGGCCACUGAAAUUGGUGAAGAUUCAUGAGGAUUGA